GUUCCCCACGCUGAGGACAAGGUUCCUCACGCUGAGGACAAGGUUCCUCAUGCUGAGGACAAGGUUCUUCGCGCUGAGGACAAGGUUCCUCACACUGAGGACAAGGUUCCUCACGCUGAGGACAAGGUUCCUCACGCUGAGGACAAGGUUCCUCACGCUGAGGACAAGGGUCCUCACGCUGAGGACAAGGUUCCCAACGCUGAGGACAAGGUUCCUCACGCUGAGGACAAGGGUCCCACGCUGAGGACAAGGUUCCCAACGCUGAAGACAAGGUCCCUCACACUGAGGACAAGUUUCCCCACGCUGAGGACAAGGUUCCUCACACUGAGGACAAGCUUCCUCAAGCUGAGGAGAAGGUUCAUCAUGCUGAGGACAAGGUUCCUCACGCUGAGGACAAGGUUCUUCAUGCUGAGGACAAGGGUCCCACGCUGAGGACAAGGUUCCCAACGCUGAAGACAAGGUCCCUCACACUGAGGACAAGUUUCCCCACGCUGAGGACAAGGUCCCUCACGCUGAGGACAAGUUUCCCCACGCUGAGGACAAGGUUCCUCACGCUGAGAACAAGGUUCCUCACAUUGAGGACAAGCUUCCUCAAGCUGAGGACAAGGUUCAUCACGCUGAGGACAAGGUUCGUCACGAGGAGGACAAGGUUCCUCACGCUGAGGACAAGGUUCCUCACACUGAGGACAAGCUUCCUGAAGCUGAGGACAAGGUUCCUCACGCUGAGGACAAGGUUCGUCACGCGGAGGACAAGGUUCCUCACGCUAAGGACAAGGUUCGUCACGAGGAGGACAAGGUUUCUCACGCUGAGGACAAGGUUCCUCACACUGAGGACAAGCUUUCUCAAGCUGAGGACAAGGUUCAUCACGCUGAGGACAAGGUCCCUCACGCUGAGGACAAGGUUCCUCACGCUGAGGACAAGGUUUCUCAUGCCGAGGACAAGGUUCCUCACGCUGAGGACAAGGUUCCUCACACUGAGGACAAGGCUCCUCACGCUGAGGACAAGGUUCCUCAUGCUGAGGACAAG